AUGGCAAUAUCUCAUAGCUCCAAAGGAGGGGGAUGGAUCACCAUUCCUUUCAUUGCAGCCGCUCUGGCCGGAUUAACGUUAGCAGCUGGCGGGUGGAUGAAUAACAUAAUAGUGUAUUUGAUUACCGAGUUUAACGUGAAAAGCAUAGAUGCCGCACAGAUCUUUAAUGUCAUCAAUGGCUGCGCCACCAUGUUUCCCAUCGUCGGAGCAAUCAUCGCCGACUCCUUUCUCGGCUGCUUCGCUGUUAUUUGGAUCUCUUCUCUUGUCUCCUUACUAGGGAUAAUACUUCUAACUUUAACCGCAACUAUUAACACCUUGAGACCUGUCCCAUGUGAGCAAGAUGUGUCGGGGAUAUGUGGAGGUCCAUCAAAUGCCCAAUAUACGAUAUUGUAUAUUGCUCUUACUUUGGCCACCAUAGGAGUGGGAGGUACGCGGUUCACCUUGGCCACCAUGGGGGCAGACCAGCUGAGCAAACCUAAGCACCAACAGAGCUUUUUCAACUGGUUUGUCUUCACCUUAUACUCUGCCUCAAUCGUUAGUGCAACCGUCAUUGUUUAUGUACAAGACGAAGUCAGUUGGGGGCUAGGAUUCGGGCUUUGCCUCGCAACUAAUAUGGUCGGGUUGGUCUUCUUCUUGCUUGGUGCUAAGCUUUAUCGUCAAGUUAAGCCAGGGGGAAGCCCGUUUGUGGUUAUGGCUCGUGUUGUUGUGGCGGCGUUUAGAAAUAGACGAGCAUCCGUCUCUUCUGAUACAGAUGAGUACCACGGUCAUGUUAUUGCUACUCCGUCGAGUUCCUUCAAAUUCCUAAAUAAGGCGGCGUUGAAAACGGGAGAUGUGAAUGCGGAUGGCUCAAUCGCGAACCCGUGGAAGAUCUGUACAGUCCGACAAGUUGAAGAUCUGAAGAUAUUAAUCAAGAUAUUUCCUUUAUGGUCAACUGGCAUAUUCUUAUGCACCCCAUUAGCCAUCCAAUUCAGUUUAGCCACUAUCCAAGCCCUAGCCAUGGACCGUCACCUUGGCCAACAUUUCAAGAUCCCAGCAGGGUCCAUGUUCGUCUUCGUUCUCAUAUCCGUCUGCAUUACCAUAAUCCUACUCGAUCGUCUCAUUUAUCCUCUAAUCGAAAUUCUCAUCGGCCGUCCCACAACUCCCCUGGAGAGAGUUGGAGUUGGUCACUUUAUAAACGUGUUUAGUAUGGCGGUUUCAGCUUUGGUCGAGUCGAGGAGGCUCAAAGAGUCAGCUAUAAAGCCCAUGAGCACGCCGGUUUUGUGGUUGGCACCACAACUGGUUUUAGCCGGGAUAGGAGAAGCAUUCCAUUUUCCUGGAAACUCAGGAUUGUACUACCAGGAGUUUCCCGAUUCUUUAAAGACUACAUCCACGGGCGCGUUGGCGAUGUUCAUUGGGAUCGCGUUUUACCUGAGCACCGCAAUGGUGGGGGUUCUUCGGAAGACGACUGAGUGGCUACCCGAUAACAUAGACAAAGGUAGGCUCGAUAUUGUUUUCUGGUUGUUGUUCGUGAUCGGCUUAGUUAAUUUUGGGUAUUACUUGGUUUGUGCCCACUUUUACAAAUAUAGAGUAUUAGAUGAUGAUACACCGGAUGAGGUUAUGAUCAAGAAUAUUAAUGGUGAUCAAGAUUCAGCCUAAUGAUGAAUUGAUAAU